AUGACGACCGCCCCCUCCCUUUCCCUUCCCUGGCCGUCAGCUAAUGAAAGUGUGUCUACGUCAACUAGAGCCCGACGCUCCGGUAUCAAUGGGCAACUUGAUGAUGGAGCUACCCGAGAGGAUAUGACGACCACCCCGUUUGUUGUCCUGACCUGGCCGUUAACAACUAAAAGUGCGCUUUUAUCUAUGAGGGUCUGCCGAUCUGUCGUCUGUGGAUCCCUGGCAGAUGAGUCUUUCUACCCAGAUGUGGAAAGUUUCUCUAUCCUUCACGAAUCUUGGUCGACGUGUAAUGAUGAGUCCGUUCGUUCGGCACCUCAAUUCGUACCAUCAGCUGGAUCUCCAAGCGCUUCCCCAGUUGUGUCGUGCGUUGCAUCAUCGGUCGUCUACGACCCUUCAUCAACCCCCGUACUUGAUCUUGUAGAAUCUAUAUGUUUUCUGAAACUAGAAGAAACCUCUCCUACGGUUCUUUUUAAAGCCGAUUUUCGUCAACUAGAGCUAUGUGAGCUGAUAUUGGGUACUUCUCUGCUACGAGGCCAGUCUCACAGCACCUCUAUGACUUCGGUCGCUGACGAGAUCUCCUCUGCCUGUGCUUCUGCUGAGGACAGUUCGUCCACUUCGGCAGUUUGCAAUAACUUUGGGCAUUGUUCCAUCGGAUGGCAAGCUUCUACGGAAACACUUGGAAGAGAGAGUCUCCAGGAAGUGCAAGCCGCUGGAGAUCAUAUCGAGACGAUGCGGCCCUUAAAUGCCAUCGUCGAAGGCGCACAUCUGGGCAAGUCCGUUGCACCAUCCAAAGUAAGUGAUACUGCGUAA